AUGCAGGCGGAGGAGUGGCAGCCAGCACGGAACCGUCGGCGCGAGCAGCGCGGAAUCGCCACGGGUAGCGCAUGCCCGUUCUCGCACGAGUGUGGCAGCGGGGCAGCCCAGAUCGACACACCCUGCCGCUUCUUCGCCGCUGGCCACUGCGCCAAUGGAUCCAGGUGUCCAUUCCGACACGGGCCGGCGCGUCAGCAGAGUGCGGCCGCCGCAACGCCGCCACCGCUGCAGCGGUCUCAGCAGCCGGAGGAGAGGCAGCAGCCUCACCCCGAGGGUGCUGCGGCGGCGGCCGUGAGUGAGGUGCGCGCUUCGCUGGACGUGGCGUGCGGCGUCUGCCUCGAGCAGGUCCGGCGGUGCGUGCCGGCCGGCCUCUUCGGGAUCCAGUCGGGGUGCAGCCACACCAUCUGCUUGGCAUGCAUCCGCACGUGGAGGGCGUCCCACACCGUCUCGAUGCAGGAGGGCGGCUCGCGCGUGCCCCGAGUGGCUCGCUCGUGCCCCGAGUGCCGCGUGCUGUCACACUAUGUGGUGCCGUCCGCAUUCGUCCCGGAGAGCGCCGAGCGCAAGGCCAUGCUCAUCGAUGGCUACCUCGCUCGGCUCAAGCACCUCCCGCUGUCGGACUACUUGUUCGCGCCAGAAGCAUCCAGGCAGCAGGACCUGCUGGAGGGCGUCCCCGUGCGCGACUUGCGUCUCGAGGAUGCGCGCCUCAAGCGGUGCGGAGCGCCGCCACAGGCGGCGGACAGCAGGCAAUCUGCCGCUGCUGUGCCUUCCGUCUCGCAAUCAAUGACCCAACAGGCCGCGGCGACUUGGGGCAUUGGUGGCGGGGUGAUGGGCGGGGUGGUGGUGGAUGGAGGAUACGGCGACAGCGGCGGAGGCGAUCGUUGGCCCUGA